AUGCCAGCCUUCCCUUGGGACCAGUCCAGUUUAAAGAGUCUCCAGGUGGAUCUGACAAAAUUCAAUCAGCUUGAUGCCUUUGCCACUCAGGUAAGCACUCAGAGCAGUGUGGAGGUCCUGGUGAAAGAGCUGCUCCAGAAAGCCCAGACUGAUGUAGAAAAGCUGCGAGCAAUCUGGAUGUGGGUCACUCACCACAUCGAAUACAACACUGAGGCAUUUCAUGAUGAAGGGCUGCGGACGGGGGCCUCGGAAGAUGUGCUGCGGACUGGAAAGGCUGUGUGCCCUGGGUACACGGGGCUCUUCAAGGAGAUGUGCUAUUUUGCAGGGAUUGACUGCGUGGAGGUGUCGGGCUACUCCAAAGGGUUCAGCUAUGUGCCUGGGAAACCGUUCAGCAGAGACCCAGAUCACUCCUGGAAUGCUGUGAGUCUGGGGGGAAGCUGGCAUCUCCUGGACAGCACCUGGGGAGCUGGCAAUGUCAACAGCAACUGCUCCCAAUUCACAUUCCAAUACAAUGAGUUUUAUUUCCUCACACACCCUGCUCUUUUUAUUGGGAAUCAUUUCCCAGUGGAAGAGAAAUGGCAGCUGCUGAAUUCCAGGGUGUCACUUUCGCAGUUUGAAAAUGCUCUGCUGAAAAAAAGCUAUUUUUACAGCAUUGGCCUUCUAUCCAUCAAGCCCAAUGUGUCUCUGAUAAAAACAGUCAAUGGGAAGGUUACAAUCACUGUGAAGAGUCAGUCUCCUACUCUGUUCACACACACCUUGAACAAGAAAAAGGAAUGUGGCAUCAUCACCUUGACAGCAGACGGGAUGAGCCUGGAUAUCUAUCCAAAGACAAUUGGGAUACACCAGCUGAAAAUUUACACAAAUCAGUUUGAUUCAACAGAAACCUAUGAUUGUGUGUGUGAAUAUCAACUUCAGUGUGAGUCUGUCAAUAAAGAAUUGAAGCUGCCCUCUGCCAUGAGGAACCCGGUGGGCCCCAGCUGGCUAACAGAGAUCAAGGGUCUCCUCCAGCCCUCCCAGUGCAGCCCUAUUGUCUACACCCAGGAUGGGCACUGUGCUUUCAGAUUCCUGCUGGAGAAGGACCUGAGCUUCAUCCUAAAGCUGAGUCUGGAGAAUGUCAAUGCCUCUGAUGACUUGAGCAGACACGUCUUUAUUUACAGAGAGGGGAACUGGAUGGAAUUUAAAAUCCAGAUCCCUAGGGCCGGCAUCAAUCCCAGCGUGCAGUGGCCAGUCUUCCCUUUGGUUUACCCUUCCUGGCAGCAGGAAUAUGAGCUAGUGGAGCCUCUCUCUGGUGUCCUGCCAGCUCAGCGCAUCCUGCAGUUCAAGGUGAGGAUCCCUGGUGUGGCGAAGGUGCUGGUGGAAAGCAGAGACACUCAGGAGCUCAGUGUGUCCAGCGAUGGCUACUGGACUGGGAGCUGCAGCACCGCUGGCUGUAUGGACCUGACUGUGAUGGUGCUGCACAAACCCACUGACAGCUCUUACUCCUUGCUUGGCGUUUUAAUAACUGAAGCAGGGACAAGUAGUAGUGGUGGUGACGGGGGGGCGGCCGGGGUGGUUCAGAGAGUGGAGGUGGAGGAGCCGUGGAGACCUGAGCCACAGCCCCAGAGGAAGAGAGCGGAGGAGCCGGAGACCAGCGUGGCUGCAGCGGAACUGGGGGAUGCAGUGCCGGUCGAUGCAGACAAGGACGGUUUGAAGGACUGGAGAAAAGACUGGCCUCAACCCGCGGUUCUCGUGUCUGAGGACCCAGUGCUGGACAAGGAUGGAUGGGAGGACGGGCUCUCCGAUACCUCGCAGCCCUCUGACAUCACGGCCAGCCAGAGGGGGAAACUGUAUUCACUGAAUGAGAUCAGCAAUUUUCUUGAAAGAACAAAAGAUAUGGACGCCUCCACAGCGUUCUUCUUCGGCCUGGAGAGAAAGACAGCACAAAACAAUGUGCUGUCUGAGGCUGCCGGGGGGAGAGAGGUCUCCAGCCCUGCGGAGCUCAGGCGUGUUGCAGUGAGCUUCUAUACUGAUCUCUACAAGGCUGAGGGCUGUGACCCGGGGGAGAUAGAGCUGCUUCUCCAGGGUCUCCCCAGCCUGGACAAGGAGGACAAGCAGCGGAUUGGACAGGUCCUGCAGGGAUGUAGGGGGAUACGGCAGGGCUGCUCCCUCUCAGGGAUGCUCUAUGCCCUCUCUGUAGAACCCCUGCUAUACCAGCUGAGGGGGAAACUGCCUGGACUGGCAGUACCAGCUGUGCCCAAUGCAACCCCUAUGAAGCUCUCUGCAUAUUUUGAUGAUCUCAGCGUGUUUGUCACAACUGACCGAGACAUCGCUGUGGCCUGGUUCCUGCUGCCCUCAACACUGCCAGAGUAA